CCAACUCUUGACCAGGAACAUCUCUAAUGCCUGGCAACUCCUGGAUCCAGAUGUAUGCGUGUCUGAAAAUGCGGAUGCUCCUCUCUACGUCGCAUGGUCUGGUCCGAGAUCAAAUAUUGCGUCACAUCGCGGGGCUUGGCGACAUGCGCGUCGGCAGCCGCCAGUCACCAAGUUAUUGUCGUGCCUGCCUAAGCCACCUUGACGUUGCCCAUCCAACUUCUUGUGUAGCACAAGUCUGUGUCCACCAUUAUGGCGAGUCAACAACAACCAUCAUCCAAGCAGUCGACGUGGGAGAAGACGAAAUCUGAGAGCAACAAAUGGUUCCAGAAGAUAGGAGUGCCCGUCAACAAGCUAACUAACAAGCUCGGCGCGGAAGCUUUCUGGCCCUCGUCAUUGGACCAAGAAGCGGACAAGGCUGCACGCAUAUUGCGCAGCUUCUGCAUCGAUGGCUUCCAAGCGGAGCAAGGAGGCGGCAAACACGGCACCGAGAAGAAGCAGCACAAGUCUCUCGACCACAUCCCACCGGAAGUGAUCCGCAAUGCGAGAGGUCUGGCCAUCUUCACAGUCAUGAGGAUGGGUCUGCACUGGUCCGGUGCGGGCGGCAGUGGCAUCAUCGUCGCGAAGAUGCCGAACGGCCAAUGGUCGCCCCCCUCAGGGAUCCUCAUCCACACGCUCGGUUGGGGCUUCGUAGCUGGCGCAGAUAUCUACGACUGCGUCUGCGUCAUUAACAACGACCAUGGAAUGGAAGGCUUUACCCGUGUUCGCGCUACACUGGGUGGCGAAAUCUCCGCCGCCGUCGGUCCGCUCGGCGGAGGAAGCACCGUGGACUCCGAGGUCUUCAAGCGCCAGUCGCCGGUCUGGACGUACACCAAGUCCAAGGGCCUCUACCUUGGCGUUCAGAUUGACGGCACGGUGAUUGUGGAGCGCACGACCGAGAACGAGCGAUUCUACCAUUCGGAGAAGAUCCGCAACCAGCAGAUCCUCGGCGGGCAGGUUCAGAUACCGCCAGGCACUUGCGUGCAGUUGUGGGAGACACUACAAGCCGCGGAGGGCGCUCACCAUGAUCCGAAUCUCUUGCCACCAGCGUAUCAACCGACACCUGGUGAUCGUGACGUGGAGCCGCCGAGAGAGACCAGUCAGAGAGAGUAUGAUCAGUUUGCUGACCCUAGCGAGCGUAUGGAUUACAAGCAUUGAUCAGAACCGUGUAUGAGGCCCUAUGAUGAGACGAGUGGAUAUGAAGCGGUUAGCGGGAUUUAGAGUAUAAGCCCACUAUUCAUCGUCCCGCUACGGGCUUUACUACGUCUCGCAAUGUUCGGUUCAAGGCCCUCCCCUACUGUAACCGUACUUUGGCCGCGUUCUAUCACGGAGACCGUCAGCGCAACAAGCCA